GGGCCUUGGAGGCGGAGCGGGCUCGGAGCAUGUUUGGUGCUUUGUUCUGUGCUCCAGCGUGUGACCGGAAAAGUGACCUCCUUAGCCAUCCAUCGGGCCGUGGGUCUGGCGGCCGGGUCACCGGAGCUUGCGUGGGGGCGGGUCGCAAGCACCCUUGGAGCCCAGAGGCCCGCACUGUGAAGGUGACUCCCGCGGGGAGGAGGGCGACGGCCCCUGGGAGGACGAUGGCUGGCGUCCGCCUCUCCCAAACCUACUUCCCAGCGGUCGCUGUGUGGCUCCUGUGCGCGCUCGGCCUCCCGGACACCGCCGCCGGCCCGCCGCCCACGCCCCCCGCGCUGUCAGCUGAAGCCUCCUGCCUGGACCGCUUUACCCCGGGGGUACCCGCCUUCGUGCUCGACACCGAUGCCUCGAUCCGCAACGGGGCCACCUUCCUGGGUUCCCCAACUGUGCGCCGCGGCCGGGACUGCGUGCGCGCCUGCUGCACUACCCAGAACUGCAACCUGGCGCUGGUGGAGCUGCAGCCCAACGGCGGGGAGGACGCUGUCGCCUCCUGCUUCCUCAUCAACUGCCUCUACGAUCAGAACUUCGUGUGCAAGUUCGCUCCCAGGGAGGGCUUCAUCAACUACCUCACGCGGGAGGUUUACCGCUCCUACCGCGAGCUGCGGACCCAGGGCUUUGGAGGGUCCCGGAUCCCCAUGGUCUGGGCAGACAUGGACUUGAAGGUACAGCCCCAGGAACCCCUGGUGCUGACGGGUGUGGAGAACACAGACUGGCACCUACUUCAGGGUGACACGGAUGUCAGGGUAGAGAGGACUGAUCCGGACCAGGUGAAGCUGUGGGGACUCAAGGAAGGUACCUACCUGUUCCAGCUGACAGUGGCCGACUCAGACCAGCCAGGGAGCACAGCCAACAUCACAGUCACCGUGCUGUCCACCAAGCAGACAGAAGACUAUUGCCUAGUACCCAAAAAGGUGGGCCGCUGCCGUGGUUCCUUCCCCCGCUGGUAUUACGACCCCAUAGAACUGAUCUGCAAGAGUUUUGUGUAUGGAGGUUGCUUGGGCAACAAGAACAAUUACCUUCGGGAAGAAGAGUGCAAGCUAGCUUGCCACGAUGUGCAAGGCCCUUCCCUGGAAAGGCACAAUCCAGUGUGCUCUGGCACCUGUCAUUCCACUGAGUUCCACUGCAGUGACGGCUGCUGCAUCGACAGCUUCCUGGAGUGUGAUGGCACUCCCGACUGCCCCGAUGCCUCCGAUGAGGCCACCUGUGAAAAAUAUACCAGUGGCUUUGAGGAGCUCCAGAGCUUCCAUUUCCCCAGUGACAAAGGGCACUGUGUGGACCUACCAGACACAGGCCUCUGCAAGGAGAGCAUCUCACGCUGGUACUACAACCCCUUCAAUGAACGCUGCGCCCGCUUUACCUAUGGCGGUUGUUAUGGCAACAAGAACAACUUUGAGGAGGAGCAGCAGUGUCUUGAGUCCUGUCAUGGCAUCUCCAGUGAGCAGGAGAAGGAUGUGUUUGGUCUUCGGCGGGAAAACCCCAUUCCCAACGGAGGCUCCAUGGAGGUGGCCAUUGCAGUGCUCCUGGCCACCUGCAUUGUGGUAGUGGUUGCCAUCCUGGGUUACUGCUUCUUCAAGAACCAGAGAAAAAGCUUUCACAGAUACCGCCAUGGCCACCGUCACCCCCCUCCCCCUACUCCUGCGAGCUCCACCGUCUCCACCACCGAGGACACGGAGCACCUGGUCUAUAACCACACCACCCGACCCCUCUGAGCCUGGGGCUGCCUUGGCCGUUGGGCUUGGGGUUCUCGCCAGCUCUCACCUGGCCCUGCUUCCUCCUUGCCAAGACUGAGGCCUGGGCUGUGAAAGACUUUGGGACCAGACCCCUCCUGCCUGUUUCCAGGCCUACUCUGCCUCAAAAGCCAGGGUUCUAGCCACUUUUGGAUGUGUCUCAGCUAAGCUCAGGCAACUUGUUCCUGAGGAGGCUCCAGUGUCUGAAAGGAACAGAAAACCUUACAGCCAGGACUCCCACACACAGAUGGGCCUUCCUACCUAGGAUUUCAGAGGAAGUUGGAAUUUCGUUUCCAGGUUUAAAGCUGCCUGCCCCACACCAUGGUGUUGGGAAGGGACCUGGGUGGUGUCAGAAGCUGGAGGCCCCAACCCUGUCCUCCAGAGCUACCCUUCCCACUCUGCACAGUCCAGAGCUGGGGAAAGGACCUCCCUAUGUAUUUUGUGCUGUACAGAGUUGCUUUUUGUUUAUUUAAUGCCGUGGGGGUGGAUGAGAGGAGUGGAAGUGGCUAUGUGGCCUGUGCUGCCUCUUCCGCUUCUCCCGAGAGUGAGCCCCAACUUGGCCUGGCACUGGGAGCCAGAGCUGCUCCAUCUUCGCCGUACCCCCCAGGGCUCUCCAGCACCACACCCCACCUGCUCCCCUAUUUCCCUCAGGCCCCAUUCCACCCAUAGUGUAAUAAAAUCGUUUGUUCUGUGAGGCUUCUGCCUCUGCUCUGUGGGCCAGCAGAGGGACAGAGCUGCUGGGGGGAGAUGUGACUGCCCAGUCCAACCGGUUCAGGCUUUGGCCACCUUGUUCAGCAGGUUUUCCGACCCUUUCGAAACUGCCCCAACCCCUGAGGGUGGAGAGAAGUGCCAAGUUUGACCACCAGAGGGGAGGGGUGAGAGGGCCAUGGAAGUAGGGGGCCCAGGGAAGCUGCAAUGCUGCUGUGUAGUCUUGUUUCUUCCUUCCUGGUUUGAUCCUGUCAACAAGCCUGUUUGGUAGCUGGGGCAUCCUCACUGCAGUGCAUAGUUGAGAAUAGGGAGGGAGGGAACGCAGGCUUGAGCCCUGGUUCUUACCUCCACUCCCUUUGGUAUGGGGUCUAGAGACAGGAGUCCUAUUUGUCCCAAGUCACCACUGCCUUCCCUCCUCACCCAGGGAAGCCUUGGCUUCUUCACAGGAAUGUAGCUGCUCCCCAGACUCUGAGCUCCUACCCAGGAGCCUUUAGUUGAGGUACGCCUCUCUCAUCCCCACCCCUCUCUUGGAGCCACAUUUUGGUGCCAAAAAAAAAAAAAUGCUUUUAAUUCAUUUCUUCAACAAAUUAUCGUGCAAGGUAUUGUCAAAUUAGGUCUUGUCAAGCUAAGCACACAGGAAGCACUAUGUAAGUGUUUUACAUAUCUCAAGUGAGUGCCUCAGCACACAACCUUAUGAUGAAGGUACUAUGAUCCCCAUUUUACAAGUGAGGAAACUGACAGCAACAUUGAGUUCCCAAGGUCUCCGAGCUGUUACAGGAGGACCAGAUUCAAACCCUAACUGCAGAGGGUGCUAAAAGAAAUGUAUACGAGUAAACAUUUUAAGAGGAAAAAAACGAUUGAAACUGUAAUAAUAUAUACCAAUAACAAAAGAUGAAUACCAGUUAUGUGUAUACUUUUUUUUGGCACCCCUGGUAUAGUUCCAGAGUCUAGUCUUGUAAAAGUGAUUGUGAUAAGUGCUAUACAGAAAAAUAAAAUGGCAAAGCGAGA